AUGCGAGAAGCCGCCCAACGGUCCCUGGAACAUAAACGGUGCUCGGAAAUGGAGAUGGAAGACGAGCACUCGCGACUCGCGGCAAUUUGGCUUCAGAACGAGGAAAAGCGGGAAAUGGAGGCGAGACGUAAAGCAGAAGACGAUAAACUCCUGGUCCUCCUCGCUGCUGCGCGAAGAAGUGCUAAAUCUGCAGGAGCCUGUCUCUCGACACCCGGCCUAAAGGGGCUCGAGCGACUGGCCGAGCUUACAGCCCGCGUGGUUGCCGUGGAAGAAGAGACACAAAAAAAGCGAGCCGACAUCGCGGCCAAGCUCCGUUUGCGGUACAGCAUUAAGCGCGCUCGGGCCGUUAUUGGAAACCACGUCGAGCAACACACGUCAGAUUUGAUGCACACGGCGAUUCUAGAACAGAAGUGGGAUACAAUGCUGCACUUGGUGGCUGUGGGCGGCAUCUCUCCCGAUUUUGAGGCUACCCACAGUGGGUUCACGCCGCUCAUCAUGGCAAUGGCGUGGCGCAAGCCUUCCGUGGCGCGGCGGCUCCUGGACGCAGGUGCUUCUAUCGACUUUGAAUCGGCGCAUGGAAGGACUGCCCUCACCGCGGCGAUUCUUGCGGACGAUAUCGACAGUGUUCGGCUGUGCAUUGCACGAGGCGCCGAUCUUUCCCGAGAAUCUCGUACGACGGGGGUCACCCCGCUGCUCUUGGCUGUCGACAAAGGCCGGUCACCCCACGUGCGCGUACUUUUGGAAGCCCAUGUCGAUCCAAAUGCUGCCAAUUCCGACGGCAUCACGCCUCUCAUCCAAGCCACGUUAUCCCAGCAAACUGCUGUCGCGAAGAUUCUCUUCCACCACGGCGCGUCGCUGUCAACUCGAGGGAAAGACGACCGGACGUGCAUCGAGUGGGCGCGGCGGUGCAUGUUCCAUGACUUUGCAGACACUUUGGAAUCGCUCAAUUUUGAAGUCGGGUUGGCCAAGGAUAGCACGGACGGCGACGACCCACUUCACAACCAUGACGCGACGGUGGAUGACCAAGAUGUGGCAGUCGUGAUCCGCCUCGUGGAGCGCGGUGUUGUCGGUCCGAAUGCAGAAUCGGCAGCAGGAUGGACACCGCUUCUUGUGGCGUGCGCACGCGGCACGCUCGCCCAAGUCCAGACACUGCUGGCGCUCGGUAGCAUUGCGGUCCAUCCGAAUCGGCGAGGCCGGACACCGCUCGUGGCGGCUUGUGAACGAGGCGCCGCGGACAUGAUCACGUGUCUCGUCAACGCAGGAGCGAGCUUUGCGGUCGUCGACUGCCACGGCAAGGAUGCUUUUCACGCCCUCGUCGAGUAUCCUGAGCUGGUGCAGCUUUGGACCGCCGUUCGCAGCCAGUUCCGACCGACUGUUGCGCUGGGCGUCCCGACGCGCGCCGGGAUCGCCCUCGCGGUGGUGGCACACGCUGUGCCCAUGCACCAAACGACAAUCCCAGACACAACUUCCAUCGAUGUUCCGCCGGCAACCACUCUGACGUCCCCCGAGGAUAACGGCGACGAUGACGAACGGCGGAACUGGCAGACUCAACGCACUCAACUGCGUCGCAAUCGCGCGAAACUCAUGCCGUUCUACGAAGAGCGCGAAAAGAUUUUCCGCGCGCAGCAGCGCGGCCGACGGCAUGCAGUCAGCGUCCCAACGCGCGAUCCGAACGCCGGUCCACCACCGAAAGCGCGGCUCUGCGAGAACUGCCUCGGCGUUCGCGCGACAGUAGUGUGCGUCAAGUGCAUCAUGGCGUUCUGCGAUCGAUGCCUCAUGGAGCGGCAUUACGGACCCGCAUACCACCACCACGAAACGAUGCCACUGGACAAGGACGUGGGGGUGCACCUCCGUCCUGUCGUUGAUGAUCACACCGCGAUGCACGUCGCUGCAAACGUUGAGCGGUGCAAGCUUGCGCUCGCCGGGAUUGCCAAGACUUUUCCGCAGACGGUCCAGCGGCAGCCGUCCAACCAAUGUUCAUUACUACUGGAAGACGAAGAUGGCGAUAUUCGGGCGAGGAAGCAGGCCGACAAGCGCGCCGCCGACGCCAAACGCCGCGACGCCAUCAUGAACAUGGAUGUCCCGCGGGUGGCCGCCACGCGAUGCGAAGAGCGAGGUGAUCGGUUGUUUGCUACGCCGUCCGAGCUCUUCCUCGCGCGCAAUAUGAUGCAGCGUGAGAAGUGGGACAAAGCCAUUGCGCUGUUUGCAGCUGCCCAUGCCAUUCAAGUGGAUGCGUUCGGUCCGCUGCACCCCCGUGUGGGCCACACAUUGCUGGACAUGGCUGCUGCGUCCAAGGUAGUGCGCGCGCCGAAAAACCGACGCAUGACCCAAGUGAACUAG